AUGAGGGCCUGUGUCGUCUUCUCCGUGCUGGGUGCCGCUGUUGCCCCAGCAUUCGCCAGUGUUGUCGCCCGUCAAUCCAAGGGAAACCUACCACCAGUCACCGUUCGAGGCAACGCCUUCUUCGCCGGUGAUGAGCGAUUCUACGUCCGCGGUGUCGCCUACCAGCCAGGUGGCGCGGCCGACGCUGCCGAUCCGCUGCUCGACCUCGAGGGUCUCAAACGCGAUGUUGAGAACUUCAAGUCGCUCGGCAUCAACACCAUCCGUAUCUACACCAUCGACAACUCUCAAAACCACGACGAGGGUAUGAAGAUGCUCGAUGACGCCGGUAUCUACUUGGCGCUCGAUGCCAACACACCCGACUACUCUCUCAACCGAGAGAACGAGGACACUCUCCACCGUUCGUACAACGAUGUUUACCUGCAAUCCGUCUUUGCUACCAUUGACGCGUUUGCCGACUACAACAACUUGCUCCUCUUCUUUUCCGGAAACGAGGUCAUCAACGCGAGGAACAACACCAACGCUGCUCCUUACAUCAAGGCCGUUACUCGUGACAUGAAGCAGUACAUCUCCAACAGGCACAACCGUGUCAUUCCCGUCGGAUACUCGGCUGCUGAUGUUGCUGAGAACAUCGAGGCCCAAGCCCUCUACUUCAACUGCGGUACUGAUGACGAGCGCUCCGACUUCUUUGCCUUCAACGACUACUCGUGGUGCGACCCCUCGUCUUUCACCGAGUCUGGAUGGGACGCCAAGGUCAGGACGUACAGCGACUACAGCAAGCCCAUCUUCCUGUCUGAGUUUGGCUGCAUCACCAACCAGCGCAACUGGGGUGAGAUUGAGGCUUUGUACUCGACAAACAUGACGGGUGUCUACUCUGGUGGUCUCGUCUACGAGUACACUGUCGAGCCCAACGGUUACGGUCUUGUCGAGGUCGGCAGCAACGGCGACAUUGAGCCCAACGCGGACUUUGAGCGUCUUGCCGAGGCUUACAAGGCGACUGCUAACCCUCGCGGCGACGGUGGCUUCAGGGAGAACGGCGAGGCGUCCGAGUGCCCUGCUGAGUCUGAUGAAUGGCACGUCGAGGGCACCUCCCUCCCUGCUAUCCCUGCCAACGCUGUCAAGUUCAUGGACGAAGGUGCUGGUGAGGGACCCGGUCUCGAGGGUGAUGGCUCGCACUUUGCUGGCGAACCCAGCGAGUCUACUGCUACCCCCGGAUCUGGCAACCCCACCCGCUCGCCUACUCCCGGCUCCACUGGCAGCGCUGGCAACAACGAGGGUGCUGCUGCUGGUCUCGAUGUGCCCCUUCGUUUCGUCGGCAUGAUCGCAGCCAGCGCUCUUUUCGGCGCUGUCCUUGUCUUCUAAGCGUAACGUGUGAGCAUGCGUAUCGAAAAGAUGUAGAGCACUUGUUUUCUGGUUUCUGGAGUUUUUUGGACUGCCGUUGUCGGCAUUACAUAUAUACCUGAUUCGUCAUUGCAGGCGCAGGGCCUUUUGUGUAGUAAUACAUAUACGACAAUAGCUU